UAUAGUUUAUCGACAGUAUUAUGAAGUACUUUUCAAAACCGUAAAACUUGUACAUUCUCGUUUUGAUUUCACCCGCAACAAGAUGUCUGUUGUAAACGUUUUGGUAUUGUUGCUGUGCAUAAUCGUUAUCAGUGAACGAUGCGCAUCUUUACACGAUAAACAUGAUUUUUUAGACAAUGUACAUUCUCCAGCUGGCGCCAUGAAAACUAAGAACAAUGGGUUUUGGGAUCCUUUGGACCUGCCGAAAAGCUUCGACGCCCGGGCAAAAUGGUACAUGUGUCCGUCCAUUGGACAGAUAUACGACCAAGGUAACUGCAAGUCAAGCUACGCUAUUUCCGUGGCGUCAGCUGUAAGUGACCGGAUCUGCAUCCAUUCAAAUGGGACGAUAAAACCAAAACUGUCGGCACAACAGAUAUUGUCCUGCUGCUACCUGUGCGGAGAUGGCUGUUCGGGUGGCAGCCAUUUUGAAUCUUGGGACUUCUACAGAAGACACGGAUUGGUUUCCGGGGGUGAAUACGGUUCGGACGAGGGAUGUCAACCGUACACGAUUGAACCGUGCCAGCAUACGGAAACUGCAGUAGAAAACCCGUGCUCGAAUAAAACAUUUUUCACUCCAGAGUGCAAGGUUCAAUGUUACAACCCCGAUUAUGGGACGAGAUACGUGAAAGACAACCAUAAAGGAACGCAAUAUCGUAUCCCGGGAUAUACAGCGAUGAAAGAAAUUUACGAAAACGGUCCAAUAACGGCGUCAUUUUACAUGUAUCAAGACUUUGUCAACUAUCAAUCGGGCGUGUAUGCAUUCAACUCUGGAAAAUACGUCACCACUCAAGCGGUGAAAAUCCUAGGCUGGGGAGAAGAAAACGGCACGCCGUACUGGUUGGCAGCCAACUCGUUCAAUACGUACUGGGGUGACAACGGAUUCGUCAAAAUUCUACGAGGCGCUAACGAAUGUUAUAUAGAAGAAUUUAUGUACGCCGGAUUACCGUUGAACACCCAACAACUUAAUAUUAAAUAUUAUAAAGUAGGCUGCAGGUUCCCACCUAGUAACACGUCGCACACCACAAUGAAAAUCGUCUUGCUAUUCGUAUCCAGUGUUUGGGUAAUGUGUGAGGCUAAUAAUUACAAAUUGCAUAACAUCGUCAAACACGUCAACAGCGCAAACGUGACAUGGCAGGCCGGAAUAAACAGUUUUCAUACGAACGACCACAAGAAGUUGGUGGGAACUUUUUAUCAUCCCGAGUGGAUCGGUCUGGAGAACGAUAUGUCUGAUGGCGGUGCAGUCAAUGGUGGCGAUUGUGACAACGACGGCGAAUACGAUGGUGGUGAUGCAAACGAAACACCCGAAAGUUUCGAUGCCCGUUACCAUUGGUUCGAUUGCAUUUCCAUCUCACACAUCUGGAAUCAAGGCAACUGUGCAGCCGAUUGGGCGAUUUCUGUGACUUCGGCGAUGAACGAUCGCAUAUGUAUCGCAUCCAAUGGUAGCAUUACUGCCCUUUAUUCGCCACAAAAACUAGUUUCCUGUUGCGAAGACUGUGGUAACGGAUGCAGCGGAGGAUAUACUGCAGCCGCUUGGAGAUAUAUACUAAAAAAAGGAAUCGUUACUGGUGGCGACUACGGAAGUAACGAGGGCUGUCAACCAUGGCUCGUGCAGCCAUGCAACGCAUCCACGACGGCCGCCGAUCCAAGUUCAGUACUCGGUCCCCACGGCAUGUGCGGUGGCGGUCCGACGACCACUCCGAAAUGCGAUCUGAGCUGUUACAACCCACGGCACAAGGGCAAAUACUUAAACGAAAUCAUCAAAGCCAAGAAAGUUUUUACGUUCGACGGGUGUUCAGCGAGGAAAAACCUGAGAAAACACGGUCCAUACGUAGUCACGAUGCGAGUUUACGAAGAUUUUCUAGCUUACAAAUCUGGUGUUUAUCAUCAUGUCACCGGUGAUUAUUUGGGGCUGUUGUCAGUUCGGAUGAUCGGAUGGGGUUUGGAAGGAGGACAAGCGUACUGGUUGUUAGCUAAUUCAUGGGGAACUUCUUGGGGUGACAAAGGAUUUUUUAAAAUAAGACGCUUCGUAAACGAAUGUUGGAUUGAGAAUUUCAGAUACGCCGGAUUACCAAAAUUGUGAUGUACCUUCCUCGUUAAUUAAAUUAAAUAAGUAUUAUAAUAGUUAGCUACUGGCUAAUAAUACUGAAACACUGAAUAUGUCAUCUAUUAACCUAAUAAAUAAUGAUUUACCGACACUCAAUAUAUUUUUUAGGUGAAUACACAAUACCUACGUAACAAUGAAAUACAGGACAUUUUUAAUGCUUUUUUUUUUAAAUUAUUAUUAUUACAAUACAUUAGAAAUACAUUAGAAAACCUAAUAAAUAUAGAAUGUCAUAAACGCCUAUUAAUAGAAGUAACAUUCCUGAUUAUUAAAUACCUAGGUAGGUACCUAUAUGCAAAUGUAAUGAACAUUAUAAUUAUAAACGACAGAAG